GUUGCAUCGAAUCAGCCUGAAUUUGUUCAAUUUCGCGUUGCAUUCAAUAAAAAAGUGUAAUUUUUUAAUAAAUAAACAGCGCAAAUGCUAAAUGGAAUGGUGUGAAUAGGACAAGAAGAAGUUGCAUUUGUUCCGAAAUAAGAGUCAGAUGCCUUCCAGUGAGCCGCAAUCGAUAAGAAUGGACAGCGAAAUUGUACGCAGUGAAGUCAGUAAGGAGCGAUCCGGAUCGACUCAAGCCGCUGCAUUGGAUAAUGCCGGACAAGAACUACUCGAAAUACGCAAAUUGCUGUGGGGCACGGCCAUACGGGUGGAUGUGUUUCGUCGUUGGUCCCAAGGCUUUGAAUUUAGUGAUACAGAACCGUCUGCUUUGGUGCAGAAAGAGGGUGGACCAUGUGCUGUGAUAGCGCCCGUACAGGCAAACCUAUUGAAAAUUCUUAUUAUGGACACGCCAGGUCAUUUCCUGAAAGACCUCACGGAGGAUAAAUGUCGAUGCUUGUUAAUACAGGCAUUAUGCGCCAUUCUGAGUAAAUGUUCUGCACAACGCUACCGAAUUGUCACGCUUCCAAUGGAGACAUGCAGCGAAGCCAAAGAAGUCAAUACCGCAAGUGACAUUCCAAAUGUUAAGCUUAGUACUGCUACUUUGGAAGAGAUUGUGACUGAACCUGCCGAUGCUAGCAUACCGAUGUCGGCAACGGUGCGUAUAGCAGAGGCACGUGAAGUCUCUUCGGAUGCUUAUCAUGAGGGAUUGCAAGUGUUAAACUUUGAAUCGAUUGAAGAAUUGGAGAAAUAUUAUACGGAACAUUGGCAAAUGCUUUUUGGCCAGUACGGCGUACUGCUCUUCCUCUAUUCUGUGCUGCUGACAAAGAAUAUUGAAAAUGUUAUUUCGGAAUUGUCUGAUACAUCUGAACCGCUAAUACACAACACAUACGGGUAUGGAUCACAAGCGCUUAUCAAUCUAAUGUUGACUGGACGUGCGGUGGCACAUGUUUGGGAUAAUGAUCAGGAUGUUGGUGGCUUAAAAUUGCGCGGCAUUAAUGAGCAAAGUGAUAUUGGCUUUAUAACAUUAAUGGAGCAAAUGCGCUACUGUACAGUGGGAUCAUUCUUCAAGAAUCCGAAGAAUCCUGUUUGGGUGAUGGGCUCUGAAACGCAUUUGACAGUACUAUUCAGCAAUGAGAAGAGAUUGGUGUCACCAGAGACACCGUCCGAGUUGGCAAGACGCGUUUUCAAGUCGUAUGAUCCGGAGGGCAAUAAUUUCAUACCGGCAGACGUAUUACAGGACGUUCUAGCUGCAUUGGAUUUGGUUAAUGAGCCUGAGUACGUCGAAAUCAUGCAAAAACGUCUCGAUCCCGAAGGCCUACAUAUAAUUCUUUUAAAUGCAUUUAUGGAUGAAUUCUUCCCACAGGAAAAGCGUUCUACGCCCGAUACAUUUGAUUUAAUGCACUACAAUGGAAUACCGGGUUCAAAUGAGGGCAACAAGGUACGUUACUGCAAGGGUACAGCCAUAUUACUGGAAAGUGAUCUAAAAUCUGUGUGCAUCUCAAAUCCAAUGCUCACGUGCUUACAAACUAAGUGGCCAAAUAUCGAAAUUAAUUGGCACGACAUACGGAUACCAUCGUUGAAUUGACGACACACUGCUCUUAACCAACACCAUAUGCAAUAAUGCAUACGAUGCAAAAUUCAAAUCGCUAAUAUAAAGCAAAUAAAAUAAUAAUUUUUAUUUUUGCCAAUUUAUCCAACUCUUCUCCAUACAAAAGGGCAGAGCAAUAGAGAAGCUACAGCACUAAAUUGAAAAUACGAAAAUACUCCAUUUUGAACAGAAGUACAAGGUAGUAAAGAAGAUUAAGAAUUUUACUUAAGGCAAAAUGGAUUGAUUGAUUUUUUGGCAAUAUUUUAUUUAACAUUAUUUUUCAGCACACUUAACGUUAGUUUAUCAUUAAUUCCUAUUAACUUUACUAAACACAAAACAAAAUAGUUGCAAGGCAAGAAGUGAAAAUAUAUUAUUGUUCGAAAAUGUGUAAUUGCAAUAGAUUAGCGACAAUUUACAAACAAAUUUACUGUUCUCGCAAUAAACUUAAAACUUAAACGAAAAAAAAAAACAAAAACAAAAA